AUGGCCUCGUCAUCAUCAACCGUGCCCUUGGGUGCAAAUCCCCACCAGAACAACUAUCACCCGGUGAACGGAAAUGCUGUAAAUCAACAGCCGCCGCAGAGACAGCCGUCUGGACCGCCCGUAUCGAACAAUGGCACCGAGACGCGUCUCAAGAUCGUCGAGAUCCUUGCGAACACGGCGAAUGGGUGCCUUGCAGAGCUGGGAUACUUCCCUGGGAUGUCGCAAAAACUGGCGGAACUCGAGAAGCGGAACAAGACAUGGCAGAGCGAGAACGUGCAGCUCUAUCAGGACAACCAGACGUUGCUGAUGAAGCUGCAGGAGCAGGAGCACCGGUUGAAGUUGGUGCAGGCUCCUGAAGCCGAGAAGGUUGCGAAGAUCGUGCAGCUCGAGCGGGACGUGCAGAGGCUGAGGGCACAGAGGGAUGAACUGAAGCAGGGGAAGCCUGCGACCCCUGCACCGAACACACCAGACUUUCAGGCGCUGUAUCGCAAGCUGCAUGCGGACUAUACGAGCCUCUGCGAGGCGUACCGGGUGGCGUAUAGCGAGGUCCAUCAUUAUCGCGCUCAGGUUGGACUGCAGCCUUAUGCACCCCUGGCGCCUAUCCCACAGAAUGUGCAGAAUGUGCAAGCGAUGACGAGAGUCCACCCAGCCCCUGUCGUCCCCAGUCAUUAUCCACCGACGCCUACGGGGCAUCAAGCUCAAGGCCCGCCUCCACAGCCGCCUUCACAACCAGGAGCCGCACUCACGAAUCAACAUGCUGUUGUCCAAUCUCCAGUGGCGAUCUCUCCUUCGCAUAGCAUCCUGCAACAAGGACGAGGGCGACCAAAUGAGCAGAUUCAAAUCCAGCACCCCUACGGUCAGAUCAGGCAGCAAGGUCCUGGGUCAAACCCUCCGUCACGAAGGUCUUCCAUGGCGGCCCCGCCGCCACAUCCACUCCAUCAGGUCCCAACCCAGGCAUUCGUAUCCCCGAACGUCGUGGACCCACCUGUGAGACCCUUCUCUACACCCCCACCUCCUGCGAUCUCACGCAUUGCUCGCCAGCAGCACCCGCCGCCGCUAGCCCAGCAAUAUGCGCAACCCAUGCCAAUCCAAACGACGCAAAUACCGCCAACCCAGAGCCCGCAAAACGCGGUUUCGACGCACGAUCAACAACAAGCCGCGAGGCGGGCGUCGAACCCCAAUACGCCCGUGAAUGGUGUGUAUCCGCCGAACCUAUACCCGCCUUCGGCAUUCCACCCUACAGCAAGGAGGAAUACCUCGCAGCCCUUGCCGAGUUCGGGUCUGCGUUCUGGUUCAGAACCUCUCAGUAUUUCGACGAACCAUGACCCGAAUUAUCCUCCAACCCCCAGUGCUGACUACCCGCCACCACCGAUGAGCGCCUCCGCGAUUCUGUCCCAGAGCUCUCCGUUUGCACCUCCGCAUUCGCAGCAAAGUGUCCCUCCAGCUUCAUCCAUUGUUCCCAUUCAAACCAUUCUCCCAACGCCUCCGCAGAGUGCUGAACAGAAUGGCCAGCCUGCAGUGACCACCAUGGCACCGUAUGACAUGCUUCUCAAGAAGCCUCCGUUUGUUGCGCAACAACAGCAACAACAGCAGGUGUUCGAUACUCCUCAAUAUACACCGCCCACACCCCAGCAUUCCGUCUCCGGUGGAACGCCUCUGCAGAGUUACAGUCGCAGUCCAAGCAUGCGUACUCCAAGUUCGUCGCGGUCAAGCACUAGUGGUACCCCCAUACCUGCAGGUGCGGUCUCUGGUGGAACUCCUGUGCAGAAUUAUAGCCCAUACCCACCAGUGCCAGGACCGUCUCGUUCGAGUAGUACACCUCCUGUCGCCUUUUCGGCUCCUGUUGUGUCUCCGGCUCCUGUGGUUGUGCCUUCAGCUCCUCCAGUUGCACCUCUAGUUCCUGCGGUUGUGCCUUCAGAUCCUCCACCUGUCGUGUCUUUGAAGCGUGAUAGCAUCUCAAUGGCGGACGGACACGGACGAGAAGAGGAAGCCCAGAAGAAACCACGCCUCGAAAGCCCUGUCUCCCAACCAGAACUAGUGCAGCCUGCUCCUAGCCAUGCGGAACCGCAAACUAGUAUACCGCCGCCAUCUUCUCCAGCUGCAGUUCCUCCUGCUUCGUCGCCUCCACCACCUGCUUCUUCUCCAGUCCCAGCACCCGCAGAGGCUGCCCAAGUAACCACGGAUCUUCCUCCACCUGCCCAGGACGACGAUCAAGAGAUGGAAGAUGAAGAAGAGGGAGAGGGUCUGGUGGAGGUUGGCCCUGAUGGUCUUCGUUUGGUGAAGGACUGCCUGGAAGACCUCUUCGACGAGGACGAGGAGUUGCCCGGCCAUAGGACGUGUAGACUCUGCUCCGUUCGGCAUCGGAAGGGGUUAAUAUCAGAACCACCAACAGCCUUCGUCAACGCCACAGACGAAGAGCUCGAAGCGCAUUGCCUGGCGGAGCACGACCAGGUGUGGGAGGUGCUGAGGAAGAUUCCGGAUGGUAUCCAAAAGGUUCUCCAUGGCGUCAGCCGCUUCAUUCCUGUCAGGAAGCCCGAUGAGGCUCUCCCGGGACCUAUCCUCCUCGACGGCUUCCUCCAGUCCUUUCUCCUCGGAACCAUCGUGAACCAGGCUUUUAAGUACUGGGUCGACUACCGAGACGACUCUUGGCGUCGGCGUAUCUUCGUCACGAGCGUCAUAAUUUUGUCAAUAUUGCAAACCAUGCUUGAGGACUACAAAGUGUGGAGAACGUUGAUUAUAGGCAAGCGAUGGUCAACAAGCCGGAUCGAGUGGUCGGAUCUAUUUCUAAAUGGAUGUAUUUGCUGGCUGUGUGAAGGCUUCUACAUCAAGCGGUGUUGGAAGAUGAUGGACAGGAGCAUGUGGGUCUUGGCGCCGUUGUCGGUGUUGUCGAUCCUCAUCAUGGCUGCAAACGUAUAUCUUUUGUUCGGUUGCCAUCUGAACCAGGCAAUAGCAAUGGGAAUUGCAUUUCGGUCGCUGGAGGGAACAGAUGAUACUCUAACAGCCAGUCAUUUCCUCUUGCCUUCUACAAUCGUCGCCUUCUCGUUCUGGAUCUUCGGGUCACUCAUUCUGGAGACGGUGGUGACGGUCAUACGCAAGUCUUCUGAUCUCCGUUGCAUUUCCACUCCUUCCUGA